UUCACACAGUAGUUAACUUACAAAUCUAAUUCCGAAUAAAAAUUUGGCGUUUUAAACUAUUUUUUACAAUUAUGUUUUAUCCAAAGUCGCCCUUUUUAAAAAAUCCAGGCAUCGAAUCACAAAUAUUUAAACGGAAUUCACCAGAGGUGAAAAAAAUUUUGGAAUGGUUAUGUAUUUCACCGAAACAUACUACUUAUAGAAUAAAUUUGUUAAAAACUACACGAGAAGAAGCAAAAUCUUAUAUCACUAAAAUAAUAGAAGCUAAAUUUCGAAAACCACCAAGUAUAUUCCUUUUGGAUGAAGUUCCGGAAGUUUUAUGUAUAUCAUCGAUAGAUGAAAUUCCAGUGUUUAAUCCGGAACUGAAAGAAGUCAUUGUUGAUAUUUAUUGUGGCUCAGCUUUAUUACGAGGGGCGCAUGUAUACGGGCCUGGGGUUUUAGCAAUGAAUACCGGUACACAACUAAAUGAAAAAGUAAACGUGUUUGCAGAUUUGGCUGGAAAAUGUAAAAAGGGAACAAAUGUCUUUUAUGAUUGUAAAGAGAAAGUUUUCAUUGGAAUUGGUAUAACGAAAAUGCAAAGGUAUCAGUUAUAUGGUAAAAACGUCGAUUCCAGUGGAAUAGCAGUUGAAAUGUUACAAGUUAUAUCUGGGGUUCCGUCGCUAGGUGACUUAUCUUCUGAUAAGAUUUUGUUGCAAAAUCUUCCUUCAAUUGUUUGUUCAAAAGUGUUGAAUCCGCAACCUGAUGAAGUAAUUCUAGAUAUGUGUGCAGCUCCAGGAAAUAAAACUUCGCAUAUUGUUGAAUUAACGAAAAAUGAAAACGUAGUCAUAGCAAUCGAUAAAAUAAACUCCAAAAUUGAGGCAUUAAAAAAGAAAAUUGAAUUGAAUCAAUGGAAUAACGUAUACGCUUUUUGCUUUGAUUCUACAAAGGGCAUAGAUUUAACUAAAACGGAUAAGUCAUUAGAAACUAUAAGAAAUGGCCCACCAUUUGCACCUGAAGCUUUUGACAGAAUACUUCUCGACGCUCCUUGCAGCUCAUUGGGAAAUCGACCCUUAUUGUCAAGUACAAUUUCUCAAAAUAUGUUGAAAUCAUAUUCGAAAAUGCAAAAGAAAUUAUUUGAAAAUGCUGUUCGGCUGUUAAAAAUAGGGGGAACAUUAGUUUAUAGUACAUGUACAAUACAUCAAGAUGAAAAUGAAGAAAUUAUUGUUUGGGCUAAAAAAAAAUUUGACGAACUGAAAUUAGUUCCAGCAGAACCCAUUUUUGGAGGUGUCGCUAUCGAAACAGACGGUUUAGCAGAAAAAGAAAGGUCAUACUUGCAAAGAUUUUGCAUAAACAAUGUACAAACUAACAUAAGUACAAUUGGAUUUUUCAUUGCGAAGUUCAUAAAGGUGAAAAGCAGCUUUUGACUAUAAAAACGUUUCUGUAAAUGUUUCUACACUAUAUGAUAAUAAAAGUAAAAAUU